UCCGACCCGCUGAAUUGAAAGCGGAACGGGAGCUUUAUUCGUCCUGUUGGACUUCACCAAGCAGGCGCAAUGAACCACAGCAAGGAUGAAUUUGAACCUUUUGAAUAUUCUUAUUAUGAUUAUUCAGACUGGUAUUCUAAUAACCCAGAGCCUACAAAACCUCCCAAAGAAGUCAUUUUACCGUGUGACCCAACAGCCAACGAUGCCAUUUUUCACAUAUGCAUACUCUCGGCAUCUCUGGUGAUUCUGCUAAUUCUGGCAGUUCUAAGCAGGAGAAAUAAACUCUGCCAGGGAUUCACAAGAGGAUCGUCCAGUAUCUUGAGUCCAACCAACUUCCUGGACCAGACACAGAGCAAAGGUGUGGCGAUGGCUGUCUUUGGACUUCUGUUCAGCAAACUGGCCGUGCUGGUGAUUGCACCCGAUCCGUUGCCCUUCUCCAAGGACACUCCGGCUGAAAUCAAAGAGUUCAUGAAGAUAACAGCCAUCUUCUACUAUCCGGUUCUCUACUACCCUCUGAUGGUUUGUAGCACUCUACAGCAUAAGGCCGGUUAUGUGUUUGGGGUUUUACUCUCCGGCGGCCAUUUUGGUAUCCAGUUGUGGCAAAAGUUGGACUGCCCAAAGACUCCAGAGCUGUAUAAGUUCUACUCUUUGCUAGCGACUUUGCCUCAGCUAGCUUGCCUGGCGUAUCUUUGCGUCCAGUUUGCUUUGCUGUUUAUCAGAGGAACAAAGACUGAAGAGGACCUGGAUAGCUGUUACUACAGUGACUAUGUAAAAGGUCUUCUCAAAAAGAAGAAGCCAGCAGCAAUCAGUUCGUCCUCAUCCGACAAAGCAACACUGGUGAGGAGACUGCUGGAUGUGGCUAAGAGUUAUAUUUAUAUCCCAGAAAAAGUGUUUCGUUUUCCUCUAAAAUUGGCUGUGUCAGUCUUUGUGGCUUUGGUGGCCAUCUACCAUACAGCCCUUUUAUUAGUUGUAUUGGUUGUCCCAACUCUUCAUAUUGUCCGUGCCGGUAUUGAUGAGAACAUCGCCUUCCUCUUACUGGGAUUUGGGAUUAUCCUCUCUGAUGAUAGAAUGGAGGUUGUCAAAAUUGUCACUUUCUAUACUUGGCUGCUGGAAGUCUGCUACCUUUGUGCAAUGACCCUGUCUUGCAUGGUCAGUCUGGUCAUGCUCAUGAGGACCAUGGUGCUUCACAGGUCCAACCUGUGGGGACUGUACAAGGGAGACAUUUACAACCUCUACAAGAGCCAGAAGAACCUCCGUCCAUCGAAAUCUGGUGUUGUCUGUUGGAUGGGCUUGACUGGAUACCAAGCAGCAAUUGUCUGUCUGGGUAUGGUGAUCCAGACUGUGGUGUUUUUCAUCUGCUUCUUGUUCCUGGUCUUCCUUAUUAUCAUCCCCAUCUUCCACGGACGUAACCUAAUGGCCUUUGAGAUUGCUGGCAAGGCUUGGCCUGCGUGGGUCACAAUCACCUUGAUCACGGUGCUUCAGCACGUCGUUGCCAAAUUUGCCUUUGUCAAAAAAGACGCCGGCACCAGAGACUUAAAUAACAGGGAGAGUUUGUUCCUUCUGACGUACCUGCUGUUCCUCAUCAACACCGUGGUGGGGCUGAUAGUGGCCAUAUGGCGAAUGGUCAUCACGGCGUUGUAUAACAUUUUGCAUCUCGGCCGGGUCGACAUCAGUCUACUGCACCGUACUGCCGAAUCCUAUGACCCAGCAUAUCACUACUACACACACUUUCUGAAGGUGGAGGUAAGCCAGACACAUCCGGUGAUGAAAGCUUUCUGCGGGCUACUAUUGGACUUAAUGAUCGAAGGUGGCCGAGUGGGCCAGAAAAUACGAGAAGCUGAGGAAGGGAUCCAGGAGAGCUCGCAAAGCAAGCCGACCAGCAGUCGUAGGAUUCGUUCUCGCUGGCAACUGGUGUACACGCUGGUCAACAAUCCCUCCCUGCUGGGCUCCAGGAAGCACUUCCAGACAACGCAGAGUUUGGAGAGCGUCCUCAACGGCAGCCCAAAGCGUAGCAAGCAGACAAGCAGCAAGAGGGAAGCAGUCAAGACACCGUCCGCUGAGCCCGUUCCUCCCAGUGAGAAGCAAGAUAAAUCUGAUUGAGAAUUUCUUACAAGCAUCAAGAUUGAUUUACUAAAACCGUACAUGUUAUUAUUGUCACAACAAGUUGAAGUAAGCUAGCAAUGCACAACUCUGUAAUACUUUGUUACAUUGUACAAGUAAACAUUUUAGCCAACAUCGUUCCAUAAUUUAGAUGAAAUACUACAGUAUUGAUGUACUUUUUUUCCGUCUAUUGUUGCAAUAAACCGAUUUGAUGCACC